GGAUUGGUCCGUGUGUGAAUCAUUAUGCCACUCAGUAACCAAUAGCAACCUUGAUAUUUGCAUAUAUUCUCUUUUCUUUUGAAGAGUGGUCUGACAUUGUAAAACAAAAAUUGUAAUUAUACAUGGCUGAGGCUGUUUAAAGGAUGGCAUAAAUAAAUAUAUGUACCAAACCUUGCAGACUUAGAGGCAUUGCUUCCUUGGCAGAGGGUGCAUCAACACUGCAGUUUGUCCCCACUUUAACUGCCAUGGCUCAAUGCUAUGAAGUAGAGGAGGUCCAAAUGAAGAAGGCACAAGUGAACAAAGGAUGGGAGACCAAUGAGAAAACUGCAUGUAUAUUGAAAGAGAACAUUGCCUCGGCCAGAAAAAUAUAUGCAGAUUACAACGCAACCACUCCUCUGGCCCCUGAAGUGAUUCAGACAGUCACAGAAGCUAUGCAUGAAGCUUGGGGCAAUCCUAGCAGCUCUUACACAGAAGGUCAAAGGGCUAAAGAGAUCAUAAAUGAAGCUCGUGAAAGCCUUGCUAAAAUGGUAGGAGGUCAGCCUCAGGACAUCAUUUUCACUUCUGGAGGGACUGAGGCAAACAAUCUAGUGAUCCAUACUGCUGUGGUGAAUUUUAAGGAAAGCAACAAACAAAGGCUUGUUGGACCAGACAAAAGUCCAGAGAAGACCUCAGGGACACUUCCACAUUUGAUUACAUCUUGCAUUGAACAUGACUCAGUCCGUCUCCCUAUUGAACACCUAGUGAAGGAACAUGAGGCUGAAGCCACUUUUGUCCCAGUGUCUAAAGCAUCUGCUCAGGUGGAAGUGGAUGAUGUAGUUGCUGCUAUCCGUCCAACUACUUGUCUGAUUUCCAUAAUGCUGGCCAAUAAUGAGACUGGGGUUAUCAUGCCUGUUUCAGAACUCACUCAGCAGAUUCAAGCCAUCAAUCAAAAGAGAAUGGCAUCUGGUCUGCCCCGGAUCUUGGUUCAUACAGAUGCAGCACAGAUGAUUGGGAAGGGUCUGGUGGAUGUACAGGAUCUGGGAGUGGAUUACCUCACAAUUGUAGGGCACAAGUUUUAUGCCCCCCGUAUUGGAGCACUGUAUGUCCGAGGUCCUGGUGUGACUACUCCUCUCCAUCCCAUGCUCUUUGGAGGUGGGCAGGAACAAAACUUUCGUCCGGGGACUGAGAACACACCAAUGAUUGCUGGCCUUGGCAAGGCAGCAAAAAUAGUGAACAAGCACUGUGAAGUUUAUGAAGCUCACAUGAGGAACGUCCGCGACUACCUGGAGGAAAGGCUCAAAGCUGAAUUUGAAGAACAAGGUAUCCAUUUUAACGGUCGCCUAAAAGGCUCUAAGCGACUGUGCAACACCUGUAAUUUUUCAAUAAUGGGCUCAGGACUGCAAGGUCGACUGAUACUGUCUCACUGUAAGACUUUGCUUGCCAGUGUGGGAGCUGCAUGCCAUUCCAAGAAUGGGGACAAAGAGUCAUGUAUUCUCAUGAUAUGGCCAGAGCCAGUGGCAUCACUGGGGAUGUGAGGGGAAUAGGAACUGCACUGGAAGACACCAUCAGAGGGGGCAACACUACAAUGACUGUUUAUUAAAAUGUUUAUGCAGUGUUUCAGCAAAAUAUAUUGUUAGUUAUAAUCACUAAAACAGUUUUGCAUAAGCCCAGCUUAUAUGUACCAUAUAAAUAUGCCUGCAAGGCUAAAACUCUAUGCUAAUUUACUUGUUGAACCUUCUAAUGUGCAUGAACGCCGAUCAGAUCUAUCAGAUGACUGAUCUUCGCCCUUCAUAGAUGAGCUGCCCCAGCUCAAGCAGGAGUGUGUGCUCUCUUUUCUCCUCGCUUUGGAGUGCCACUGGCCCUUUAAGAGCAGGAUGUGUGGAAAGAGAGAAAGAGCGGCACCUGUUUCCUUAGAUGAAAAAAGAAGCGUUCAAAUGGGUGGCUAGUUGGAGGAGGCUGCUUAGAGAGUGAUCCUGUUGUUAACCGUUGCCAGCUGCUCAGGAGCUAAGCCCACUCCGGAAGCUGGCCUGUCUGCUUUAAUGUCAUGAGGUGAUGAGUGUCUUUGUAUCCUAACAGGGAACAUUCAUCUUGUGUUGCUGAGUAUUACAUGCACACUCUUUUAGAUCUUACUGAUGAUGUGAACUAGGUGAUCUGCAAAGUACUUGGGAUUAGGAUACCAGAAAGUGGUUAUUUUCUUGGCUCUGAAUGGAGAGGAUAGUGGAGUGUGAUGGAUCAAAUGUCUGAAAAGCAACUUGCUUCCCUGCUGUUGUGUGUUGCAUAUUUAGAUACCGGAGAGUGCAGUGGAAACAUAAGUACCUUGCAUUGUAUAUCUUUAUUUUGAAAACCUUCCCAGAAUGCUCAGAGGUUCAGUAAGAUGUCUGAUAUUCACAGGGUCAUUGAUGUGAUCAGCUUGUGUCCAGGCUACUCAAACUCAUAACUUUGGUGCUAAAUCUAUGGGCAGGAUAGAACUGGAGUCUAAGCUUCUCCAUGCAAAUCUGCUUCUCUGGAAAUACAGAUAAUUUUAACAUCCUUUCUAUGUACAUGCACAUACGAUCAUAUUUUGAAAGCAAAUGUCUAACUAGAUCAGUCAUUCACUCUCUAUCCACACUUCUUUCAAGCCGCUCAAAACAGCAUCCCUCACAACCUGUGAGGAAAGUUAGGUAGCACUAAGUGAGGUCAUAGAAAUCACACAUUCAAAGUUUUGAGUCCUCAUCUCAUUCUCCCACUCCAUCUUUUAAUUAAAUACACAUUUUCACAAGUUUUAUCCCAGUUUAUGCCAUUUUUGUUCAUAUAUUGGAUCAUUUCAGAAUGUUGUCUAUAUUAUACCUUUUAGAGACGCAAGGAAGAAUAACUCUACCCCAAUGCACUAAUCCAGGCAGGAUGAAUUGAGAGAGGUCACCAAAAGUAUGCCAAAUCCUUGCACAUGCCUUAAUGGGAAAGAAUAGGAAAUACACCCGAGGGACUAGUAUUACCUUUCUUUUAAAACUGAUAUCCCCUCUUCCAAGAAAAAAACAUAGAAUUUGGUCUGUUCCAAACAGAAUUGGAUGCAGUCUUUUCUUAGAGAAAUGUACUGUGAACAUGUACUACUGUGGCACAUUUUUUUUAGAGCUUGGCAGUUUGUGUUGUGGCAUGAACUGUGUGAAUAGGUCUCACUACAAUAGUAAUAUAACAACAUCAGGAAUUCAGCAUAGUCUCUGGUAACUUUUUGGACAUACAUACCUUUAGAUACCUUUCAUUUGAAGAUGUGGUCUGGAGCUAAUUUCCAUUGGUACUAAUAAAACUUUAGAACUGGUUACGACUGGGCGAGCUCUGCAUAACAUUUCUCUCCCUCCUCUAUAUAUUUCUGGAACUCACCCCCAUGAAAAAUAGCCUGGAGGUAAAAAGUUUACUAUUGUGUUUGUUCCUCAGGCCAUCCUCUAUCCUGCUCAGCAGUGGCAUUCCUUACGAUGUGGCCCAGAAUGCCUUGCGCCUCAGUGUGGGGCGCAGCACCAGCAGGGAAGAUGUUGACCUGAUUGUAGAAGACUUGAAACAGGCUGUGACCCAGCUACAAG